UAAACUGGGCGCCGGCUUGCCUGGCUUGUCCGGUCAGUGUACAUCCUCAAUUCCUUUCGGUCGCGCGCUGUCGCGUUUCCACGUCACCUGCGGCUCAAUUAGGUUUUUGGCGCGCGGGGGUCUCGCUCCGCCGUUUCCGCGCUUGAUUAGGGAGGAAAGAAGAGGACCGGAGGGAGGAGGGCACGUGCACAGAACCCGAGACAUCAGUUGAGUUCCAGAUGCGCGCGCGCGGAGGGCGGGAUGGAGAUGAAAGAAGACUGAAAGAAGAAGAAGUAGAGGAAGACACACGAUGGCGACCACCACCAGCCUGUCAUUACACUGUCCUGACUGUGGGGAACCAUGUGGGUUUGGAGACCCACAGACAGGACACACCUGCAGGAAGAUCUGUCUGAUUCCCAGGCGUAAGUCUGAGGGGGCGGUGGUGGCUGUCUCUGCCCAGCAGCAGUGCUCUCCUCUGGGCCACAGUCCGAUCAGUCAGCCGCUACGUCUGGAGCUCCUGGACGCUCUGAGUUUGGCCUCCUCCGCCGCGGUUCCCCUGAGUCAACUCCUCGUCCGCCGGCACGCCCCCUCCUUCUCCCCGCUGAUGGCCGUGGCGGUGUCCGCGGAGCCGCGGUCGGAGCAGGUUGUGGCGCAGCUGAACGUGCCGUGGGGCGCGUGGGGGCGGCUGGCGGUGGAGGCCAGGCUGCAGCAGCUGGCUCUGGAGGUCCAGCACCGGGUGUCCUCCCGGCUGAGCUCUCUGCAGGAGGAGGUGAAGAGAAGGAGCGUGGAGGUCCGCCGGGCUCGGAGGGAGAGCGAGAGGAUGGAGCGGGAGAAGCGGGAGGCGGAGCAGAGGGCGGCGGAGCUGGCCCGGCAGGUGGAUGUGUCGGUGGAGAUGCUGGCCAGCCUGAGGCAGGAGCUGAUGGAGAGAGAGGAGGAGCUCAACCUCAAACAUCAAGAGGUGUGUGAGUUGGACAGGUUUGUGAGAGACACUGCGUUUAGAGAAGCGAGUGCUAAGAUCCGUCUGCAGGGCUUUAUUGAGGAUUUAUUGGAGAGGGCAGAGAGAGCAGAGAAACAGCUGCAGAACCUCCACACACACUCCGACACAGGAUCCCCCCACGGACACCUCGUCAACCGGGGAGUGCCGUAUCAGAGGAGCUACAGCGUAUCGGGGAUGUCGAGGUGCUGUUACCAGCAGUACGAUCGCAGGGGCAGUCCACUCAACAGGUACAGUGGCGGCAGGAUGCGGACCCUGUCUGUGGGCUCCGGGGGGUGUGAGGUGGAUUGGGACGGGGCCCCGACCUCCCUGGAGGCACAGUAUUACCAUGUACUGUGUGAGGGUCUCCAGGGGUCUCCACAGAGGGCCCCUCCGUCCCCCUUCUGGACUCCCCACACUCAGACUGAAGGAGAUUCAGACAGCUGGUCCAUCUACACCACCGAAUCCCAGGAGGACCUACACCACCACAGACACUACAGGACAUACAGCAAGUCAGCACACUCCUCUAUUCACUGCCCAUCCUGUCACCAUAGCAACAAGUCAUCUAAAUCAAUGAUGUGUUCAGAACGGAUGAGGAUGAGGGCGUGGCUUUUCUGCGUCUUCACUUACCUGGACACCCGAUCCCUACUCACUGCUGCACAGGUGUGUAGGGAUUGGUGGAGUGUUGCUCGUCACCCUGCAGUGUGGACCAGAGUAUCACUAGAAAAUGCUCGCAUCUCAUCCAAGUUUUUAGUGACUCUGUCUCAGUGGUGUAGUCAGACACAGUCGCUCUCUCUGCAAAACCUGAAACCUCGAUCCCGCAACCGAAAAGAGAGUAAAGAGGAGUAUCAGAAGAGCACAAGGGGUUGUCUGGAGGUGGGGUUGGAGGCGGUGCUAAAAUCAGCUGGGCGGAGCCUCCUGUCUUUGACUAUCUCUCAUUGCCCGAAUAUUCUGACGGACAGGUCUCUGUGGCUGGUCAGCUGCCACUGCCGAGCACUGCGCACACUUACAUACAGGAGCUCAUCAGACCCUGUUGGUCAGGAGGUGAUCUGGGCUUUAGGAGCUGGAUGCAGAGACAUCACCAACCUGCACACAGCACCUCUACAACCAUGUCAGCAGCCCAGUCGCUUCAGUAACCGCUGCUUACAGACGAUUGGUCGCUGCUGGCCUAACUUGCAGCAGGUGGGAGUGGGCGGGGCUGGCUGUGGCAUUCAGGGAUUGGCCUCUUUGGUGAGGAACUGUGCAGGUGUGACUGUGCUGGAGCUGGACCACAUGAGUGAGAUCAGUCAGGAGGGGGCAGCAGAGCUGUGCAGAGAAGGACUGCAGCAUCUCCACAUGCUGAUCUUCAUCUCCACCCCCGUCACGCCUAAAGCCCUCCUGCACUUUAACAGUGUGUGUGUAAAGCUGAAGAACAUUGUGGUGCAGAUGAGUAUUGCAGAUUAUUUUGAGGAUGCUGAGAGUGAAGAAGCAAAGAGGCUUUUUGAAGAGAUUGUCAGUAACCUGCAGGCUCUACGGAAAAGACCGGGUCUCGCUGACAUCCUUCAGAUUAAGGUGGACAGACCGUGACGCCAUCAGCUGGAAUAUUUUACAAAGGAAACCUGUGUGUAUAUCACUGUGACAUUCUACCUGACCAAAUACACACACACACUCACACACACAAACACACACACACUCACACAGUCAGAAAUAUAUUGCACACAGCACAACAUGACACUAUUGAUACCCCUCUCAGGUCUUGCUUAUGUCCAUAUAAAUGCUUAAGUGUAUAUACACCUGUUACACACCUUCACUACGCUAUACUGUACUAUACUAUACUGUACUAUACUAUACUAUACUAUACUAUACUAUACUAUACUAGAAAUGCAGAUAUACUAUAAUGCACUGGACAAUAAAACACUGCUGCAACACUUGUCAGUGAUUGGGCGGCGCAAGGUGCUACAUAUAAAAUCAGGAACUUUCAAUAACAAUAACUUCCUGUAGUCUCUGUAUGACGACUAUGAUGUCUAACUCAAACUUGACGGUUAAAUACUGUUUAAAGUAUUUAUUCUGAUGUGUCUGCUGUGUGUUUAUGAUUCUCAUAUCAAAUCUCUUCAAUGGUGCAAAAUGUUGCUGGCUUGUCUUGUGCACAUUUUAUGGCGUAGCGUCUAAAACACAGGCUGAAGUGUAGGAAUGACAUUGAAUCUGAUUAGGGACAAAGAACACAGAGACUAUACUGUAAAUAGUGGCAUGCAGAAGUGUGGGAUCCCUUCAUUUACGUCACAGUGAAUAGCUAAGUGAGUAAAAGAUGAAACAUGUGCCAGAGAUUUCUGUAAGUCUUUAGCUGACACUCUAGGAUUCUUCCUCACCUCAUUGAUCAUUCUGCGCUGUGCUCUUACAGUCAUCUUUACAGGACUUUACCACGCCUAGAGAGAGUAGCAGCAACAGUGCUGAACUUUCUCCAUUUGUAGACCGUCUGUCUUACCGUGGACACAUGAACAUCAGGGCUUUUAAGAUAUGAACUCGCCAAAGUCAGAGCUGUGACUCUUAAAGGGAAUGACAACUGGCACACUGAUGGUUUAUUUUACGUUACACCCAAAAUAAACACACCCAUGAUUAUUUAAGAGAAUUAAUACAUGCCUUUUAUUAUUGUAGGUUAUUCCUACCCCCCAUAACCACAGUCGUUGCUGGAGAUCAGCAGUUUAAAUAGAAGUUAGAAUUAGCUAAAGUACUGUAUGUUUGGAUAAAACAGAGUGCAGAACUUUAUGAAAAGCAUGCCAUGCUUAAUUAAUUAAUCAUACUUUGGGUUUGUGCCUUAAGCCUUUAGAAAUUUGCUAUUCUUCUAUUCACAUUGCUGUUCACAGGAAAACAAAUUUUAACCAGGGGUGUCCAAACACUUGCAUGCCUAUAAUAGUGUUUUUCAAUCUGUUUAAGACAAUCAAAAUCAACUUUUUCUGAUUUCUGUUUACCAGAAUAGAUCAAAAGUGCACAAUCUCCCCCUAAACCCCGAUAUGGUAAACAUUUUCUCAGAACUGUAUGAAGCUAUUGAGCAAAUUAUGAGGAUAAAUCACAUUUUAUUUUAGUUAAAUAUUAGAGGGAGAAGUAAAUUUUGAUCUUUUGGUUAAACUCUCACUUAAAAUGUUAAAUUGCUUCCAAAAAAUACUGUUACAAUACAAUACAAUUACAAAAUACUAGUACAGUAACUAAAGUGUAUCAGUUGGUUUGGGCUGUUGGAUCUGAUUACAGUAAAACUGCAAUAUUGUACAUUUGAUAGAAUCCAGAUUGUAGUCGGUUAUUUAGUGUUUAUUGUUGUGAGCACAACCCACCAAAAAGUAUAUUUAUACUGAACAUUAGGCAUGCAUCGAAAUCAUUUUUGGUCACCAUUGCACAAAAAAAGAGAUAUUUAUAAAGUACUUAACAUUUUUAUCAGAACAAUAUUGUUCUGUAUGAAUGAUUCAGUCUUUUUGCAUAAUUCCAACAAAUAAUUUGGGUUGCCAAAUAUUCGGCGCAUGCCUACUGAACAUAUAAACGACUAUAAACCCUAAAGAUCACGAGAUCAUCUGUGGUCAGUCUGUGUUCCGUGUUACAAUCGUAAAAAGUGUUGACCUGUCACUGAUGUGUCUUAAGAGCAGGUUGUGUUUUAAUGGUGUGUUGAGCACAAAUCAAGUCAAAACUGAUGUUUCCACUAAAAUGUAAAAUGUCUUUGGCCAAAUGUACCUCAAAUAAAAGUCUU